AUGAAUUAAAACGAUUCAACUUAAGAAAACCAGCUUUAAAAAUGCAUAUAGCAUCCUGAAAAUGAUGCAAAUUAUUUUUGUAUAGAUAAGGAUUGCGAAUAAAAAGGAUUAUGUUGUGAUAAAUGUAUAAAUAAAAAUUCUCAUUUUUUUCAUCAAUCUCUUGUCUAAAAGAUUUCUGAUUUGAGUGGGACUGUUAAUACAUUAUUUCAAAUAGGUAAAUUUAAUAUCUAAUAUAAAUAUUAGGUGAAUACUUAAGAGAUUUGGGUGAAUAUACGAAUGCAUUAGAAUGGUAUGAUUAAGCAUUAUCAAUAAAUCCUUAACAUAUUGAUUCACUAAUUUAUAAAGGUUAAAAAAAUAAAUGAAGCAUUUUUUUAGGUGAUUGUUUAGGAAAUUUGAAUUAAUUUUCAGAUGCAUAAAAAUUAUAUGAUUAAGUACUAACCAUAAAUCCUUAAAAUUUUGAUUCAUUAUUUAGAAAAGGUAUAUUAAUAUCUAGUUUGAUUUUAGGAGAAUGCUUAAAUUACUUAGGAGAAUAUCAAGAUGCAUAGAAAUGGUACAAUUAAGCAUUAAUCAUGAAUCCUAAUCAUGUAGGAUCAUUAUUCGGAAAAGGUAAUCAAAUUAUUAAUAUCAUAUUAGGUGAGUGCUUAACAUUAAUUGGGUUAGUAUAUAGAUUCAUAGAAAUAGUAUGAUUUAGUUUUGGUUAUAAAUCCUUAACAUCUUGAUUCAUAGUAUAGAAAAGGUAAGCAAGUAUGUAAUAUUAUUAUAGGGGAAUGCUUAAGUUACUUGGGAUACUUUUUAGAAGCAGAGAAAUGUUUUGAUUAAGUAUUAGUCUAUAAUCAUUAACAUGUUGAAUCAUUAUUUAGAAAAGGUAAACAAAAUUAUAUAUAUAUCAUUUUAGGGGAAUGCUUAAGAAAAUUGGGAAGAAUCUUUGAUGCAUUGAAAUUUUAUGACGAAGCAUUAUCUAUAAGUCCUUAACAUAUUGAUUUAUUAUUUUAAAAAGGUAAAAAUUAUAUAUUUAAUAUCAUUUUAGGUGAAUGCUUAAGUUCUUUAGGCUUAUAUGCAGAUGCAUUAAAAUAUUAUGACUUAGUAUUACUUAUUAAUCCUUAACAUAUUAAUUCACUAUAUGGAAAGGGUAUUUUAAAUCAUUUAUUUUAGGUAUAACCUUACUAUCUUUAAACUAAAAUAAAAAAGCUCUUAUAGUCUUUAAAUUAGCUUAUCUUGAACUUACAAAUCAUCCAAAAAUAAAAGAAUCAAUUAGUAAUAUGCUAACAUUAUUUUAGAAUAAUGCAAUUAUUGA